GUGUCCGAGUGGCCACUGUGGCACGUCAUGCGUGUCGCGAAUGACAAGCGGGAGACGCACUUCCCCGAUUCGUCCUGCAGUGCCGACGCGCUCUACUCAUUGAGACAGGUCAUCGAGAACGACACCCUCAGCACUGCUUUUUCUGGCAUUGACGCUCCAGGCACGGCGUACUCGUUGAUGGGGCAGGCAGUUGCGGACCUCAUCAAGGCAAAAUGUGGAGAGUCUAUUCCUGUGCCUCGCGCCUCCCACAUCCACGCCAUAGAGUACGAUGCUGCCUGUAAGGCCGAGCUGAUGGCGGCCCCCCAUGGACCGCAAUGCCUGUUCAGCAAUAUCGUGGAAUUCGGAGCUGAUGCGAUCCAGCCCUGGCUCUUAAGCGUUGGGAAGGCUGCAAGGCAUAACUCCAAGAACAGCAAGACGAACCAGAAUGCCGCCGUGGGAGGAGUCGGCGUCUACGACGCUCUGUGUCCAACGGUGCUCGCCGGCUUUGCUGUGAAGAAUGCGGCGCACUGCUGCGUUCACGGUCGCACGUGUUUCCUCAAGUCCGCACACACCCAUAUCGCAGGAACGCCGUGUACUGAUGAAUCCAAAAUGGGACACCAGAUGGGAGGAUUGGACGGCAAUACCACCUUAUAUUUUCUGAUCUGGGUUGGGUUGCGCAUUCGCUUGCAAGAACCCGUGAUUGUGCAGGAGAAUGUCAAGGGCUUCUCCACCGGAUUUCUCACGCACCUCUUGGGCAAAUGGUACGAUGUGGAAGAUGUUGUUUUACAGAGUACGAGCUAUGGUUUCCCUGCGAUGCGCACAAGGAAAUUUGUGGUGCUGACGCACAAGUUCAAAGUUGCUGCUACGAGGUGUUCUUUGACGAGCUUCACACGUGCGCUGGAACGGACAACCAGCCUAACAUGGAAAGCGUUCUUCGUGGAUGACGCCGACUCGUUGAAGGAUGAGCUGAGGUGGGCCCUUGCUAGGAAGCUCAAGCAAGACCGAAAUCUGUCCAAGAGUGAGCAAGCGGCCGAACUCGACGUUGCGAUGGCACGGUUCGACGCUGGUGCCUCCGAAACGUUCGAGAAGCUCCUCUUGGCGUUCGAGGUGGGGACGCUGUCGGAGUACCGUGCUCGCUACGGGGGCAAGCCCUGGUCGUUGCACCAGAAUCCUGCGACAG